UCGUGAAAACCAGUUUGAGUUUCAACAUUGUGGAGACGCACAUUCGUGACUUCUAAAUCGAUUCGGGUCAAUCUCAUCUUGUUUACUUUUCAGUUUGUUGUUUGGCUUGAAAUAAGUGGGUUAAGAUGGCCAUCAGUCGUUUAUCAAUUAUCAAAUUUCUGGAACUGGCGUUGGCAGUUACCUGCCUAGGUCUUCACUCAAAAGCCGCCGUUGGAGAUUGGAAUAUUGAUACGUUUUCAGCAGUGACUUUUGGAGGAUUUAUUAUCAUUCUUAUUGGAGGAUUUGCAGGUUAUAUCAUCAGUGCACCGAUAAGCAAGAAAAUCGACAUUUUUUACACCUUAGUGGGCUGCGCCAUGUUUGUGGCUGCAGGUGCCCUUAACAUCAAACAUUUCGAAAGAAGCUCUUGGGGAUCCAGCGAAGUACGAGACUAUGGAUUGGCCAAGGGCUCGUUAGCCGUCAUCAAUGGAAUUUUCUUCUUGUUCGACUCUUUAGUUACAUGGCGUGGAGAUUUUUAAAAAAUAUAUCCCUAUCAACUACCUCGUGGAUUAUGUUCUUGUUUGCUUAGCGAUAAGUUUAUUUAUUUUUAGAAACUCAUAUAAUAUAUAGGUGUUGUACAAGAUAAGCUUUAAUCGGUAUUUUUAAGAUUAUUCUGAAUGCAAUUUACUGUAAAUGCGCGACUCUAUAGUUUAUAUAAUACUGUUUAUACUUUUAUAAUUUGUUAAAAACCUGAAAUUUUAACAUAUGACCUGAUAUUUUUUAUGCAUUUUUUCGUAUUAAAAUAAAUGUAUUUUGGUGUA